AUGUCCUGGCCAAUAGCUGCCAUCAUCGCUCUCGUGUCUCUGUUGGCAACUUGUGCUCCUGUCCUACUUGUCAUCUGGCGGUUCGCCGAGCAGAAGAAACGAAUCUCCAACAUUCUUCCUGACCCUCCUCCCUCAUAUUCGAGCGUCCAUGCGCCCCACAGUCUGUGGUGGCGGUAUACUAUUCGUUCGGAGUCAAGACUGGAAGCGGUAUUCGUUUCUCACGAGGCCCAACAUGCUCUGGAACGGGCACUGCCAAAUGACUGCUCUAACGGGAACAUCAAUGCUUGA